CAAAGGUGCCCAUCAAACGUUGUAAUGCGCCACGUUGGAUGCCAAUGGAAAACCUUUGACAAAGGGUCCUUUUUCAUUACGGGUCACUACGUUUUCGAUAUGCCAUUACCCAAAACACAAAGAUUGCUCUACGAAUACCUAUCGUAUGGCCAAGGCAGGGCGUAUUGUUGUAACCUUUAACGUUACGAAAACCCUUACACUCACCAAGGGAAAAAUUGUAAUGUUUGCCGUCGACAAAGAAAUAAGACUGCAAAUAGGAAACCCGUGCAAGCAUAUAUUUGUCAAACCUAUAUUCGAAACUUUGUUCAAUGUUACAAAGAAAUGUCAAAUUGAGAAGGGGCUCUACCAGAGAGAUGUAGACUUAGAAGAUUAUAUCACCAGUUACUUCGGCGGCAGUUUUUUCUAUGGAAAUGUUACUUUCAAGUCUACCUUCUAUAGUGACGAAUGCAAUUUCACUUGUUCCAAUGUAGGAGUUGAGUUGACGCCUAAGAAAUAG